AUGGCCCUGGAUGCUCUUGAGGCCGAUGAGCCCUUGUGCUCAAAAGCCCAAGACAAGGCAAAGGCAAUAUCGAUCGCCGACUUUCCCGAAGAUGUCUUUCUACUACUGCUCAGCGACCUAGCGGCAUGGGAUGUAGCCAGCUGUCAGCGCGUCUGUAAGUCAUGGCGCACCGCAUUCACCAAGGACGAAUAUAUCCGAGUCGCAUUGCAGCGUUACCCUCAUGCCAGUGAAGUCCGCAACCUCCCUCCCGGAGCCCUGCAUUUCCACAAUUCACCGCACACGAUCAGCUGGCAAGAUCUCCUCUUGGAAAUCGCGUCUCGAUACCACAGUCUCUCCAAAGGCACCGCCAGCAGUGUCACCAAAUACGCCAUGGCACCCCUGGAACAAUUAGGCGACUGGUUUCCCGUAGGUCAAUGGGACUACCACGAAAGCCAACCCGUUGGCCGUCUAUACUACGACACCGUACACCUCAGCAAAGUCAGUCCGAAACCGUACCUCUUUCGCCCGACGCUAUGGACCUACGACGACGGCCUCCUAGUCUACGCGCCCGCCCGAUGCACAGAAGCCCCAUACUUCCCCGAGACGCUCGCCCUUCUGGAUCUGUCGACAGGCACGAAAACACCGAUUCCAUUCAGUAAUCGCGGCAAAAUCAUUCGCAAUAUCCGCCUGAAAGACCGCACCCUGAUCGUCGAGUGGGCCGAAAAAGACCCCUUCCACAACCUCAAUGCCAUGGAACAGGUCAACCGUCAUUUCGCGAAUUGCUUCGACGUGCGAAGGUCUGACAAAGGAUCAUGGACUGUAACAUGGCGAUCAGAAUGGAAGAUGCACUUUCUUGGUCUCCCGCCAAAUUACCACGAUCGAUUCUUCUCGACGCACACUUCAACACAUUACGCCGUGUACUUCUGGCAGCCCAAUCGCAGCAUGUAUACAGGCGACGAGGAGAUGCCGAUCGAGUCGUUGUCCGUCUGGGACAUAUCCACACCGUCAAACUACGCGCCGUCGAGCGAUCCGUCGGGAAAAUACCGUCCUCCUGCGAAGGAGGGCCCGUAUAUCGUAUCGAGAUAUUCGUUCAUGGACAUGGAGUUUUGGGGUGUAAGGCAGCAUGCGACCGUCUCCCUGAUGUCCUUGGGUAUUGACUCCGAGACAUGUUCGUUGACAGUGCGCGAGAACGUCGGGGUUACGGGUCAGGGGUACUUCGAUCCUGCGGAGCGGUUGUGGUGUGCUAAGACGACUACGUUUCCUUUCUGUGGGGAAGGGCCACGACUGUACAGGGAAUGGGAUGGGCAUUUGCCGCCGUACCGUGGGCAUUGUAGUAUGGAGAGUGCGGAUGUCGAGGAGAGUGAGCGCUGGUUCUUGCCGGUCAUGGACGUCGUUGACACAAAGGCUGGGGUCAAGUUGAGUCUUGUCGAGACAUGUUUUUCAGGCCAGAGCGUGGAUAAUAAGCUUGUGGUCAGGUUGAAGACGGGUUGUCACGAGAGUGAUGAGUCUGAGUCCGGGUCCGAAUGGGUCACGCUGGACGACGGCUUGACGGAGCAGGUCUGCGCCAUGGGACGCAUCACCGGUGACGAGCGCUGGGUCGUUGGCCAGAAUGAAAGGAUGGAGAUUGUUGUUGUCAAGUUUUGA